UGAAAUGCCCAGCUGUUUGAGUUCUCUGCCAUUUUGCUUAUAACGACGAUUCCGAUCGAUCAUGGUUGACGAUAAUGAUUUUGAGCAUAUUUCUAGUUCAUUAAAAAAAAAAAAAAGAUCUAUUUUGUAUUCUUUUUGAGGCUUGGUUAAUUUGUAAGGAGGCUCGAAUGGUGACUUUUGUGCGGGGUGGUGGACAAAAAUUUUAAGGGGACAGUCUCCGAAGUGAGACGGUUUCAUCCACCGUCCAUCACGUAGAAUUUAUGGGGAUAGUCCCCAUGGCGAGAUGGUCCCAUCCACCGUCUAUCAUGCUUUGAGAUUCAUGCUAGUCCACGCGAUGGACGGUUGAUGGGAUCCUAUAACCCCCAUAAAACUUUUCUUCGUCUUGUACCUGUUUGUUGAAAUGCUUCACUGCCUAUUUGCCACUAUUUCACUUCGGCACACGAGCGUCUGUUUUUCCCCAUGCAAUCUACGAACUUACAAAUGCGUUGAUCUGCAAGUAUGGCAUGAUGCUAUGUUCGUUUUCAUCGGAAGUGAGUGUUGAAGUAAUAAACAAGAUUGUUUCGCGGAGCAAGCGUAGCAGUUCUUAUGGCAACUGAGGACGAAGUGAAGAAGGCGCUGAUCGUAGAUGCCCGGGCGAGGAAUAUUAGCCACAAUGUUCGGUGCACGGAGUGUGGGAGCCAAUCCAUUGAAGACUCACAAGCAGAUAUUGCCAUUCUACUUAGAAAGUUGAUUCGUGAUGAAAUCCGAGCUGGUAAAAGUGACAAGGAGAUCUACAAGAAAUUAGAGGAGGAUUUUGGAGAAACGGUGCUCUACGCCCCUCGAUUUGAUUAUCAGACUGCUGCUUUGUGGUUAUCGCCGGUCAUUGUCGGUGGUGCGAUCGCUGGAGUAUGGGCUUAUCAAAGGCACAGGCAAAAGACCAAUGUGCACAUAAUGGCGCUUAACCUUAUAAGAGGGGUUCCAUUGACCCCAAAGGAGAAGCAGACCAUGAUCGAGAUCCUCACACCGCCACCCCCACCUCGUCGGAGGUGGUGGUGGAGUUGAUGAGAGUUUGUUUAUAUUUGUAACUUCUAAAACUUAGUAUGACAUAAAGCGUAGUUUACACAAAGUUUUUGAUUGAAGCAGCUGUUGUUUGCUACUAUACUGCAACUUUACUUCAAUGUUUAUGCGCACGCAUCGCCAUCACUUCAUUUC